ACUUAAUAUGUCACCAGAGUGAAAUGAAAACAAACGUGUUUAAUACCAACGUAAUAAAUUUGGAUGGCGUCGAAGUUUCUCAGAUAAUGUUUAAGAAAUCGAUUGUUAUUUUUGUGUAAACUUUAUCGCAAUGGCCACAGAAACUAUGAUUGCAGGGAUUUAUCAACUGCAGACACAGUUGGACCAAGCGAAAGAUAGCCUUAAGGGAGUUGACGAAAAUAUUCGAAGGUUAAUUGGCAGGGAUCCCUCAGAGUUAGCUGUGCAGAGACAGGGCCAGGGUCUGAAGAGGCCACCACUGAACGAGGAUAGAACCAGAGGAGGAAGAGGUUUAUUAGGAAAUAACAGACGUGUGUAUAAUCAUGAAAAUGAUGAGCCACCAAUCAAGAAGAGGGGUAGUGUGUUUAACCGAUUGGCAGGAAGAGUACCAGAUAGGCCUAGUCACUAUGAUGAAGAAUUUGAGGGUAAAAGGCAAAUGAUCAGCAAAAUAAUUGUUACACCCAAGGAAGUGCCUAGUAGACAAGAAGCAUUAGAUGCGCAGAGUAUGGAUGAGAAAUCGAAAGCCAGGAAUCGCCGAAUGUUUGGUGCCUUAUUAGGAACAUUACAGAAAUUUCAACAAGAAGAAACGAAAUUGAAAUCCAAGGAAGAUAAGAGAGCACAGGUGGAAAAGAAAAUAGAGGAGAUUGAGAUUCGUGAGAAAGCGGAAAUAAAGAAAGAACGUAAGGAAUUAUUCUUUAAUAGGAAGAAGAAACAGGCAGAAAUUAAAAUGCUUGAAUUGAAGAUGAGCCGAAUGCAGGAUCACAAUCGUUGGGAGGAAUUGCUCAAACCACAAACCAAUUUCAUCUUGACAAAGGCCAAACCACAUAUUUAUUAUCUUCCCAGGAAAAUGAAUGAUGCAACCAAGGCUGCCCUUGCAGAAUCCAAAGCUGAGUUAGAAAAAAUUAUUGAAACAAGGAGAGAGGAUGUCAAUGAGGAACUGCUUCAAAUUGAAGAAAGAAUGAAACGAAACUUUGAACCUAAAAAAAAUGAUGAAGAAAUACAUGACGACGAUCAUGACAUGGAUGAUGAUGACGAAAGUCAUGAAGUGGUAGCAGAAUCUGCCAUCGAAGUUGUCAAUAAAGAUGGAGAAAGCGAAGAUGUUGACGUUGAUUUAAAACCAGAAGUCAAAUCCGAGGUAAAAGUUGAAGACACUUCAACUGUAGUCGAGACGAGUACAAACGAAGAAAAUAUGGAACACGAUUAAUUCAUAAAUUUUAUAACUUGACAAGUCUUUUGUUGAUUCUUUCGUUUUGUGUGCAUUUUUCAUUUGGUUUUUUCAUUUCUUCGCAUUGAAGAAAUGCGACUCCACAAAAAACACCAAAUCCAUCUUUAAGAUUGAGAAAACAUUUUAUUUUAGACCCGCUAAAAAAAUUAAAGAUAU